AGGGAAGAGAAAAAAAAUUAAAAACCACACAGCAGUGAUAAUGUAUAAAUUUUUAACGAUAUUAAUACAAAGGAAAAUAUAGUAUAGUGUCAACAUUUUCUUUGACCACUAUCAAUUUCACAAUUUGUACAUACUGCUCGUGUAUACCUCAAGCUCUGUGCUCUUCAACUUGCUACACCUUCUUUAAUUACUAUCAUGGGAAAGACGUCAAAAGAUAAACGUGAUAUAUAUUAUAGAUUGGCUAAAGAAGAGGGUUGGCGAGCAAGAAGUGCUUUUAAAUUAUUGCAAAUUAAUGAAGAAUAUAACAUUUUUGACGGUGUUUUAAGAGCUGUAGAUCUUUGUGCGGCGCCAGGUAGCUGGAGCCAAGUCUUAACUAAAAAGUUACGUGAAAAUUCAGAUAAUAAAGAUGUUAAAAUAGUUGCUGUUGACUUACAGGCAAUGGCUCCACUACCUGGGGUUAUUCAAAUUCAAGGUGAUAUCACAAAAGUAUCCACAGCUAAUGAAAUUAUCAAAGAAUUCGCGGGCCUUAAAGCUGAUCUGGUUGUGUGUGAUGGUGCUCCAGAUGUUACUGGCUUACAUGAUAUUGAUGAAUAUGUACAAUCGCAACUCCUGCUUGCAGCAUUAAAUAUAACAACUCAUGUUCUCAAAACAAAUGGUGUAUUUGUAGCAAAGAUAUUUAGAGGAAAAGAUGUAACUCUUUUAUACUCGCAAUUGAGACAAUUUUUUGAGUUUGUCACUGUAUCAAAACCAAGAAGCUCAAGAAAUUCCAGUAUUGAAGCCUUUGUCAUAUGUCAAAACUAUCAGCCACCUGAAGGAUUUGUACCUACAAUGGUUAAUCCUCUGCUUGAUCACAAAUACUGUGAUUUCAACCAAUUUACAGGUCCUAACAGAUACAUAGUCCCAUUCAAUGCAUGCGGUGAUCUUAGUGCUUAUGAUUCAGAUACUUCAUACUCAUUAUUACUAGAAGGACAAAAUUCAUAUGAAUACAAGAAUCCUGUGCAAGCACCAAUUAAUCCUCCAUAUAAGGAAGUACUUGAAAAACAGAAAUCAGAUAAUAAAUAA